AUGGAUGACCUGCUGGGCCUCUCCUGGGAGCAAAAGGGCUCUGCCAACAACAAUAACAACCGUCAAGGUGCUAACGGUGCUGGCAUGGCCUCUGGAAAAGUCAAGCCCGUGCCCCCUCCUCCGACCUCCAAGCCAGCACACCUGCAGAUGGGCCUCUCCAAGGUCGGACUCGUCCCCACACCGGCCUCAUCUAACUCUCUCCCUGCACCACAGCCUUACCGUAAUAACACUACCGGCAUCUCCUCCUCGCCCGCAUCAUCGCAAAAGAAGAACGCCGACGACGUCUUUGGCUCGCUCAUGUCCUCCUUUGGUCAGAACACUUCUUCAGGAGCCGCCAAGAGUCUUAACGCCAUGUCGCUGGACGAGAGACGUCGGCACGACCAGCAGCAACAAUCUAACUCCUGGGGAUCACAGAGCAGUUCUCCCACACCUGCUUCCUCUGCCUCACCGUUUGGCUCUUCCAGCUUCAAUUCUUCUUCCUCUCCUGGCUUUUCGCAGCCUUCUCGAUCAGCGUUCAGCCCAGCUAUGAACACUUCAUCAUCAACCAUACCAAGAGGAUAUGAUCCAGGAAACAUUGCAGGACUCCAACGACCAAUUGCCACAUCGUCUCCCCAGCCUGUACCAGGAUUUGCGUCACCAAUCCCAAAGUUCCCGCAGUCUCAACCACUGUCAUCACAGCAGCAGCAACAGUUCAAUCUCUCUCGCAAUCAGAGCCCGGCAGGAGGAUACCUUGCAUCUCCAGGAGUUCUCGGCCGAUCACUCUCGCCUGCGAUGACACCGUUGCAGCCAGAACGAUCAAACAACUCGUCUCCAUCAACAAUGGCCUCAACACCUACGUCGAAGGAUCCCUUUGGUGCUCUCCUUGGUGAUCAGGUCUCGCGGAAUAGCCCCUCCAUGAAGAACCAGUCUUUGAACUCCAUCCGGAAUAAUACCCCUCCUCUUGGACAGCCAUCCGCUACCAAGGUGGCUGAUCCAUGGGAUCUAGACUUUUUGGCCAGUGCCACUGUCGCCAAACCUGCCCAGACACCUGUCUCCAGCAACGACGUCUUCGACUUGGGAUCCUUUGAAUCAGCACCUCCAGAAAACUCAUCUCGUCAGCGUGACUCUGUGGAUGCCCUCAACUCUUUUAUCGGGAAGCAACCAUCACCAGCAGGAUCGCCAUCUCAACGAACCAGUCCUCCAACGUCAAGGACACCAGCAGCCAAACCUCCUCGAUCUGCGACAACAACGUCAAAGCCAGCGAGCAGGGAGGAUGCCGACAUUGCGCAGAUCGUCAGUAUGGGCUUCUCGGCUGAACGCGCUAGGCUGGCCCUCGCAAUGACUGAGAACGGACGAGAUAUCGAGGCCGCCAUCGAAUACUUGGUUCAAAACGACGAGGCAGAGGACCAGAUGCCCUCCAGAAGACGUAACCAGGGCGCAAGGGAACGAGGGCAGGAAGAGAGACGACCUUACCGUGACGACAGCGAUCCCGCACUGGAGGACCGGCGGAGAAGGAACCAAGGCAGAGGACAAACGCAACAACAGCAGGAACUGUCGAGAGCACAACAGCUGCAACAGCAAAAGGACAAGCUUGUGGGGACGGCAUCUGUCUUUGGAAUGUCUGUACUGUCCAAGGCCAACGAAUUCUACAAGCAGGGCCGUGACAAGGUUCAGUCGGUGAUGGAGGAUAUGACGACAGAAGAACCAAAAUCGACCGCCGCCCGCCGCCACCAGUGGGUCGAGGAUGAGUUCAAGUCCAGCCGUAGCCAAUACAAGGAUUCAGAUUCGGAGGAGGACGAGGUGUACCGAGGUCGACGGGAACAGCAGCGUCAACAGGAGCAGCGCCAACAGCAGCAGCAGCAGCAGCAGUCUUCACGACCACGUCAGGAAAAGGAGGCUUUCGAGGAUACAUACGUUUCGUCGUCUCGACGAGGAGGUGCUACCGCAUCAAGGAACCAGCAGCCUUUGUUCUCCAUGGACGACUCGCCCAACAAGCAAAAGUCAAACAUGUCAACACCUAAAUUCUCGUCUAGCUCAAAGUCUUCGACACCUUCCAACGCUUCUCGGGCAGCCAAGGCUCCUUCGCCACUCCCACCCAAGCCCGCUCGCCCACCCCGUACUCUAGUCCAGGCGAGUAGUCAGCAACUAGCAGAGUCGAACCAUCACAAGGAGAAAGGAAACGAGGUCUUCAAGCUGGGUCAGUUUGGUCAAGCAGCGGAAUUUUACGCACGGGCUGGCCAGUCCCUUCCAUCGGGUCACAUCCUUCUGAUCGUGACCCAGAACAACCGUGCAGCUGCUUUGUUGAAGAUUGGCGAGUAUCGCGAGACAGUGUCUGUAUGCGACAAAACUGUCUUGCAAGUGCAGGGACCUGAUGGACAAGGUGUGCAGGAUAUAUUGCCUGAGAGCGCUGGCGUCAACCUCAAGGAUCAGAUGGGCAAGGCUUUGAUGCGCCGUGCAACUGCGUACGAGAACCUCGAAAAGUACAAAGAGGCCAGGGAUGACUGGGCCAAAUUGAAGGAGAUGGAUCCAGGACACCGAAACGCUACUGAAGGACAACGUCGUUGUGAAAAGGCAAUUGCUAUGGUCAAUGGUGGUGGAGCCAAUGGUUUCGCUCAACCAAUCGCCAGGAAACCCGCUGUCUCGGCUGCUCGUCAGGGUGGCAUGUCGGUGUCAUCGCCCAUGCAGGAUAUGUUUUCUUCUCAACAACGGACCAAUAACGACGCCAAGGUGAAGGCCGAGUUGGCGCGAUCGGAAGGAGUGGGCAAGUUGCGACAGAACGCAGCCCAGCAGGAGAGAGACGAGGACGAGAAGCUGAGACUGACAGAUCAGGUGGAGAUGAAGAUGACAAUGUGGAAAGCGGGUAAGGAGGACAAUAUCCGUGCGCUGAUUUCAUCUCUUGGAUCGGUGCUAUGGGAAGGAGUAGGCUGGAAGCCCGUUGGUCUGCACGAGCUGGUUACCCCCUCGCAGGUCAAGAUCAAGUAUAUGCGCGCUAUCGGCAAGAUGCACCCCGAUAAGUUGAGUGGGUCGACGACGAUAGAGCAGAGGAUGAUGGCCAAUACCAUUUUCAGCACUCUCAACUCUGCCUGGGACGCGUUCAAGGUGCAGAACAACAUGUAA